AUGAGUUGGAAGGAGAUUGCCAUGGUAUCUAGCAAAUUCCCUUCCCUCACCAGCUUAUCCUUGGAGAAUAACCAGUUGUCGUCUACUUCGGCUGCACUAUCAGCCAUGAUACAAGAGCUUUCAUUGGAAUUCAAUGACUUUGAAUCUUUGGACUGUCUACACCAUCUCACUGCACUACGCAACCUCCGCCGUCUUUGCCUUCGAGGAAACAAGAUCAGCAAGAUCUAUUCAUCAACGCCCUCAGGCCUGGUCUUCUCUCCAACUCUAGACUUUGUGGAUAUAUCGCUCAACCAAAUACCGUCAUGGAGCUUUUUGAAUGCCCUACAAGCAGUAUUCCCAGGCCUCACAAGCCUACGUAUCUCAGACAACCCUUUAUACGACAUGCCACCAGCUCCGACAAAGGUUACCGGCCUACCGGAGAAGCGUAUGACAGUGGACGAAGCCUUUAUGCUGACACUCUCGCGACUGUCUAACCUUAAGCUUUUGAAUUACGGGAAGAUCACCCCGCUUGAUCGCCUCAACGGAGAGUUAUACUAUCUCUCCUUGAUCCGAAAGGAGCUGCUUGCACACCCGCAGAGCAUGGAGCAGGACAUCCUCAAUUCCCAUCCGCGAUACAAGGAACUUUGCAAGAUAUACGACACGCCUGAAAUCCAGCGGACGGCUAAAGAUGACCCAUCAAACGGGAUAGACCCUCGCUCUUUGGCAGCACAACUGAUAAAGUUUAAAUUCCACCUAGCAGACCCUAGCAAUGUAGGGCAAAAAAGAAGUAUCUACGAGUUUGAGAAGGAGAUACCCAAGUCAUUUGAUGUAUAUCACAUCAAAGCCAUCGUGGCUCGACGGUUUUCCCUGCCGGCUCUUCGGUUCAAGUUGAUCUGGGAAUCUGACGAAUGGGACCCGGUCAUAAAAGGGACAGCAGAGGAAGACGAAUGGGAUAGUGAGGAAGAAGAAGAAGACUCGCAACCUGAAAACGCUAUAGACAGCAAGAAUGGCAAAGAGUUUAUCAGACGGGAGGAGGAGCUGAUAGAUUCAACCCGGGAGCUUUUGGUGACAUUGAAAUAUUUCAAGCUUGCGAAAAAGCUGAAGCUCGAACAAAAACUUCAUGUUAUCUCGAGUAUCGCAAUAGAUAGAUUGAAUAUAGACCAAGAACGAGGAGAGAAGGAAAGCCAGAGGGCGAAGAGCGAAGUAGAGCGACUGCGAGGAAUAGUAUCCAACCCCGGCACCUCCUCAUCUGGGCCCAAACGAACACCAAAUGACCCGCCAUGGAAGAAGCCGACGGCGACGGGCGCAAACACCGCGGGGUUGACACAAGACCGGAUGCAACAGGUAUCACAGCUGGCGGAGAUGGGCGUUGCUGUUCCCGAAGAGUUUAGGCCUAGUAUGGCGCUGGCCGGAGACUGGAAGGUUGUCUCGGAAACGCCCAUUGGGGAGAAGACCACUUCUGAUCCCGAGGUCAAGAACGUCGGCGUUCGCAAACGAAAGCUACGGGAAGACGAGCAGGAAGAAGCGGAUAUGCAGCAAGAAGUUGCGAGAAAGGCAUGGGGUUCAGCGAUCCGCGAGUAUCGAGCUGACGACAACGACCUUGACGCGCUGUUAAACAAGACUACGAACCUGAAGAAGGUGAAGGCAGAGGUUGAAGAGGACCCUGAGACCAGUGGCAAGCGGGAGCCUGUCAUCAAGGAGGAAAACGACCCCGAAGACGACGGAGGAGGCGCACCCGUCAACGCACCGCCUGAUGUCAAGCAGGAAGAGAAGACUGAAACAGGAGAUGAGACGGAGAACACCGCACCGGCUGUUAUGUUUAAGAAACGGAGACCGAAGAAUAUAAAACGAUAG